AUGGUCGCGACGACGAGGAGGAGCACUACUGCGAGAAGCAGCGGCGGCAUUAAAAAUUCUUCGAAAUCUUCUUCUUCGAAAAGUGCAUCAUCGUGGCAAAACCCGGGUUUGAAAAGAGAAUUCCUCUCCGCGUUUUCGAUGGCGUUCGGGAUGUUGUUCGUCCCGAUGCAAAAGAAUCUGUUUUUGUUUCUCGCGGAAAAGUUGAUUUCGAUGGAAACGAAAGAGAUGUUGAAGACGCGAUAUGCAAACGAAAUUAUCGUCGCUUUAUUGUUCAUCAACUUGCAGUUUUAUUUCGGACCGAUAUAUGGACGGUUUUCCAAAGGGUCGUGCAAUAAUCCAACGGUGUAUAUAUUGAGAGGAUUCAUGGGAGAAAUAUCGUUCGCGGAGGCGUUUAAUGGCGCGAUGGUGGUGGUUGUAGCACACAUCGCCGCGUUUAUGGCAUAUUUCAUUCUUCACGUUGAAUUGGGAGAAGCGAUUUUACCAGCCGGGUCGCCGGUUAUCGCCGUUGGAUCGCAACGCGAAGCCGUAACGAGCGAAGCGGUGGUCGCGUUUCUGAACUUUCUGGCGUUUGAUUUCGCGGCAAAGACGAUGCCGAAAGGCGUGCAACCGGCGUUUGGCGCUUUGUUUUACUGCAUCGUUAUCACCGUAGAGAAGUGUAAGUAUUCUUGCGGGUACAUGAAUCCGGCGGUGGUUUUAGCCUCGCACGUCGUGUGGGGGCAAACGAUGAUGAAGAGUAAGAAAAUCUUUUCGAUCGAGCGAAUACUCGAGGCUGCGCAACACGAAGCGAAUAGGCCGUACGUGUACGGGGCAGUUUUGGGGUCGUUGAUGACUGCAGUCGUAGCUAAAGCGAUCGAUAUGGCUACGUCAGUAUCAUUAUCUGGAGUAGUAAGUGGUAGCAAGAAAAGCUCCUCUUCUUCGACGACGACAAAACAGAAGAAGAAGAAGGCUGAAACGACGACGAAAACAAGAAGCGCGGGGGGCGCGGCAAGUUCGCUGAGGAAGCGGAAGUAA